GUCCUUGCUGCCUAGCUCGCUGGUCCCGAAUUUUCAGUCUGUUUUGGUUGAAGUAAUUCAUCACGGUUUCCGGCUUUCACAGACGUUGGAAACAUGUUCAAGAAUGAGUAUCAGGGCGGUGCCUUCGUUGAGAUCUUCAGCGCACAAGGAAAAGAUCCCGUGGCUAAAUGGAAGCUUAGUGGUGGCCAACCGUCAAUACGUAGAGUAUUUGAUAAACAAGUGAAAGGGUUUGUGUACAACCUUGAAGGCAGCAGUCAAACACAUAAGAUGCAGUUGCCUAAGGAUGGCAAGAUGCCUCUUGUCCUGAUUCAGAGGUUCGUGGUCCUACAGGUGAAUGUUCCUCUUGGUAAAGACUUCUCUACUGAGCUUGUAAUAACAGAUCAAGAGCACCUGAAACGGAGGCUCUACUUGUCCACGGUGCAUAAGGAGUUUUCUGCUACCCCUCUGCAUGCCAGAAUACCUCUCAUCGGCCUCAGACGCAAUAUUUGGUGCAACCUGUGCAUCGAUCUGGGCACAUUUACUGCUGAGCUGUUCCGAGGGGCUGAGUUUCUCUCUCUGGAUGGCAUUGUGAUUUCUGCCUGCUGUAAGGUCAGACGCAUCUUCACCAUGAGGACUGAACCUGUAGACUGCAUGGACAGAGAUCUUUAUGACAUGAGCAAUGGGCCUAAGGAAGAGAUUCCCAAGAGUUGCCAGUUCCCUCCUGAUGUUCAGCAUGUUACUCAACUUGUGGAUAUGGAAAGACUGGGUCAAGCCCAUCUAAUGAGUGCAACCAGCUCAGAAUCUGAUCAGGCAGGCAGAGGCAGGGCGGCCAGUGCUCGGGGACCUAAAACCCAGGACUGCUCCCAUAUCGCUUUUGGGUCAAGGUUUGCAUGCCACCCACCACUUACGGCAAGGAAGGAUAGAUCAUUAGCAAUUGGGAUAGAGCAUAGAGCCAAGACUGACAUGGGUGUCAGUAUACUGUCAGGGAGAAGUGGAAAUCUACAGCCUCGACCCCCAACUGAGAGUGCCUCCUCAGAGAGGGAAACAUCUAGGAGAGCAUGGCUAAGUCACAGUGCUUGGAAAGAGAAACAAGUUACACGAAAUCAUGGCGAUAUACCUCUUCCAAUCCAAGAGGGAGUAGAGUCAUCUCAAAAAUCUUCCCUGCACCAAGUACAAUAUGAUUGUUCAAAUGUCAUAGAGGGAAAUCCAUCAUCAAAUCCACAUAUGCUGGAUGAGGCCUGCUGUUUGGAUACUCCUGGGCCUGUUUCCAGGCAUCUGCAGUGUCAGUCUCCAUCUGCUGUGCACUCUCGUGUGUGUGCGCUGGGGAAGGCCAAAAGCGGUCAGCCUUUCUGCGACCCCUUUGUGAAACUGUCUUUGGACCUCAAAGUUGAUGACAACCUUGGCCGUGAAGGGGAACGAAAAGAGGCAUGCCUGGAAGAUGACUUCAUUGGGAGCGAGGGUGAAGAGGAUGAGAGGUUGUCUAUGUUUUUCACUCCGAGAGCUGCAGCAUGUUCUGCUCCUGCUCCCACCACUCCAUGCCCUGUUCCCAUCCCCAGACCCACCACCUCAUCCAGGCCCUGCAGGGGGCCAGCCCAGGCUCCCACUUCCAUUGCUGCACAUUCCUCUGCUGUGAGCUCCUGGAGAACUGAGCGAGGGUGCAUGGCACCAGCCCGCUGCCUCUCACCAUGCACAGCACAACCAAAGAGUAGUUUGGGGAGCAGACCAAGGAGGUUUGGGCUCGGGAGAACCACGGCUGAUGAAGAUACAGGGACAACUAUUAGUAGAACAUCUGUUCAAGAAGUUCCCUCCAGUGAUCUGAAAAUCCACCAGGUGAGGGAGAGCACAAGGCGUUCGCCUGCAGGCUCCUGCCGGCAUGAUUUGUGCGGGACACCGGAGCAUGAGGAGGAUGUGGAAGAGGAGCUGCAGAUGCUGGCCAGUCUGAGGAGACAGCAGGAAGAGGAGGAGGGUGGUACAGGCGAGUCAGGUCUUAGCGCAUCACAGCUCCACCAGUGCAAUGUCAGUCUGAGUAUGAGCAGUGAUGACACCUCUACAUGGACCCAGUGUAUCCCUCUAGUAGCUCAACAGGGCCAGUACUACCAGAAAGAGAUGAAUCCUCUCCAGCACUCUAACCCUAGGGAAUGGAUGGACAUCCUUAGCCCUCCAAUAAUUCAUCCCAGACAGCAGCUGACAGACAGAGCAGGGGAUCACAGUAAGGGUCUAUGGCACAGGAGAACCACAGGGAGGAUGAGUUUCUCAGCCUGCACUAUGAUCCCUGUCUCAACUGCUACUUUGAUCCUCAGACUGGGAAGUACUAUGAGCUGAUUUAAGAAUCUGACAUGCAUUAAGAAAGUACCUUAUUUCAAAUAUACUGUGGCAGUGGACAGAGAAAGAAGCCUUUAUUUCAGAUUAUUUGAGCUCUUUCAGUUUCAAGCAUUUUGCGAUUGAUGUAUUUGAGGAAUUUAUUAAAUAUAAAUUUCAAUUUUGAUUGAGAGCAUGUAUAAAU